UGAUUUUGUCUUAAAGGUUAUAGUUAUCAACUUAAUAUAAUUAGGGAAAUUUAGGGCUAAAUAAAUUGUAAUCAAGGGGGCUAAUCCCUAGUUGUGCCACUGAACGUCAUACACACAAAAAACAAACAUGCCAGGAGGAAAGACUUUUAUAUACACCCAAAAGCACAACAUAAUAUGAACCUCUGAGUCAUUUAUACUCCGAUAAUAAAUUAACUGCUGUAUGUCAAUAAUUCUCCCACUCGAUGACGAAUUUCGAUCACGCACCGUCCUACGGACAUGAGCCGUUUUUACCACAAACGAUGACCAAUUUAUUUUUAUAUCACGUAUUCGUUUGCAUGAUCAUCAUUUAUCACGUAUUUUUCAAGAUUCAAUAUUCUGUACAAAAUAAGCAUUUGAAGUUAUGUUGUACUGAACACUGACACUGCAAGGGCACAUUUCACAUGAUUAAUUCCCAACGGUAACAUUGUUUUCCAAGACUCCGGGCAUAAAUAAUAUAGCACCUAUAUAUUUUGUAAUAUUUGAACCUUAAGGUUUAUUAUUAUAUUAUAACAAAUAUGGCUGAAUUAAUCGAAUUAAAACUUAAAGUAUGGGGAUUUGAACAGUUUGUUGAACGUAUUAACGUACAAGAAAUUGAUUCAACAGAUUUUCUCACUUUAAUUGAGCUUAUGGUUACCAAAUUAUUACAAAAAUCAACACUGGGUCAACAGUCAACAUUUAUUGAUAUUCUGAGGCAACUGAAUGAGAAACAUAACAAGGUGCGUGAAAUAAGUGAGCAAAUCUACAAUAUAGAAUCAUGCAAAAAUUAUUUAGCUAAGCUGAUUGAAUGUUCAGGUGAACAACCUGAACCUGUAAAAACCGUUAUACAAGAACUAGUCGAUGCCAAGGUGGAGCUAGAACAGUUUUUUGUGAAUUUGUUAUCAAUUGGUUAUAAAACUACCAUGUGCAUUCAUUGUGGUUGUGGCCUCAAGAAAUAUAUUGAACCCUUGAGGAAAUCACUUAUGUUAAAUGAAAUGAAGAUUGAUGGAAUUCGAUCACCACCACCACCACCCCUUAAGCAAACUACUGCAGUUUUAGAUAAUCAGCAGCAAGUAACGGUAAAGGAGUCCAUAAAUAUUCCAAUUGAAUCUUGCAAUUAUAAUCCCGCCGAAACCACCCUCGAAGUUGGUUCUAUGGAAGCAGACAGCAUAUUACCGCGUUCGAUGGACAUGGGUGGUAAGAACGAUGUAGCCGUGAAUGAAAAAAAUCCCGACCAACGUCGUAAGCGACCAUCAAUUCCAGUGAGCAUCGAGUUAUGUGACGAUUGGCACAACAUUGCUACCACGUCAAGGGACGCAGACUGGAAUUCCAGCAUGACUCUCUCUGAUAACAGUUCGUCGCAAUCGAAACGCCAAAGGAUUUCAUCUAACUCAUCAUCGUUCAAACUCGAAUAUGACUUAAGUCUCGAGUGUACAACACCUGUAUCGAUCGAUUCAACAAGUUAUAGAAGAACGGACGACGAUGAAGAAGACGACAACAAUAGCCAAUUGUCAAACACCACCCAGGCAUCGACAAUUGAAACUGUAAAACUUGGUCAAUGGAAACCAUAUUAUUGCAGAUUCAUAAUAGAAAAUAUCGUAUUGAAGACCGAGAUUGAACAGAAUAUUUUGGAAUGGACUAGCGAUGCCACGAAGUCAGCUUCAAGCAUCGAUUCACACAAUGUUCUGUUUAGAGAACGUUUACAAAAAGGUUAUGAAACGACUAUACAAAAUAUUCCGAUUCAUUCAACAUUUUGUAGAAAUCAGGAGCUAAAAGAAAAUUUAUAUAGUACAAACAAUAAAGAGCGGCGGCGGAUCGCAGCCCCAACCGGAAUGGUUAAUUUGUACAAGGCACUUCAUGUAUUCGAACACAAACACAAUUGUAAAUUUAAAUUUUUACCGUCGUCCAUUGGCAAAUGCCUUAUAGAGUACACUGAAAACGCAGACCUGGAUUUGGAUCCACUGCACUCAGUCAGUAAUAACGUCUUGGAUGUUUUGCGUUACCCCUUACGGUAUGGUCUGAUACCGGAGAAGUAUUGGUUAGAUCUUGAGAUGUUUCUAGAGUCCGUUUUCUUAAAAAAUAAUUAUUUUGAUUCCGAAUCUACACGUAGGGUUGAGACUGAGAGUGGCGACGAUACGGUUGUUCAAUUUAAUUUCAUAGAAGGUGAAAUCGAAGCAUUAGUCUUCGACUAUUGGAGCAGGUCCACCAUCGAUCUAAUGUAUUAUGACGAAAGCGAAUCCAGACAGGAUUUAAAAGGCCUACUCCGGUAUUUGUUCCAGAGAUUAUGUAUUCUAUAUAGGUUAGGGACUCAGAAAGAGGGUAUUGGGUUAUUUUUAACGAAUUUUAGAGCAUUAGCCAAGUUUGAUCUGGAUAAGGACAUCAUACCGGCGAAUUGUCUAUUAUUUCUUAAAAAUAACAUAUCAAAAGUUUGGCCGGAUAUCGAGACCACCGACCAGAAUCUGUGGCGCGCUUUUUUUAACGAAAUUAAGGUGAACUAUAUCUUGACAGCACGUACCUUUUCAGCAAUGUUCAAAAAACUAGAUCAAAGUUUCGAAUUUAUUAUGAGCAAGGCUGCACAAGUGCAUGCGAUUCGGAAUAAUCUGUUGUCCUCCGACGUUAGUCUGUGGUACGCCUCUACUACCGUUUCCGAAAAACGUCAAUCCAUUGUAAGUAAAAGUGAUGUGAUCAGAAUUUUACCAGAAUAUUUCGAAUCACACAACAACGUCGACAGUGUGUUAUGCGCUGCAAUUGAUAAUUGUUAUUACCAUCACAUUUUUUUGCUAUCGAGAUACGCGAUCUUACACAACAUUGACAUCGCAACCAGAGUCUUAAAGCAUACCGAGGUUCAAAAGUUUCUGGAUAGCCGUCAACCGCAGAAAAUUGAGCUGAUGUCGUACGUGAAAUUACCGUUGUCAGAAAUUAUGCAAUCUAAAAUGGUUUCGUGUUUCCGGCGGUUGUACAUUCGAGACAGUGAUAAAUUCGAGGUCGAGUUCGAGAUCACCGAGUUUGAUGAGUUGUUGUACCAGUCGCUGAAUGAGUUGAUCUGCAACUGGAUGAAAAACGCGCUGCGUCCGGUAAUUGGUCACGAUGGUCAAUUUUCGCCACAGCGCUUCGAAAAUCUGUAUCCGUGCAAUGUAAUAUGUGAUGGCCAUGGUUCACUUCCACAAGAUUUCUUACGUUGCUACGCAUUUGCGAUUUCGUUGUACGCACACAUGUACGGUCUGAACAAGAGAGAAAGUGUAUCAAUGAAAUGCUUUGAACUCGAUUGUAAUUUCGGACGCGAUGUCUCUGUCUACUACGACAAAAUCAUCGCUGAAUCAGACGACGUUUGAUGAAAAAACAAUUCUUCC